GAGCAUGGAAGUUUAUGGAUCAGCAGGCGGCUCAUCUUGGGUCAGUAACGCCAUCUUUAAACCAAAAUGGGUAGUGCAUGGGCGAAGACUGUGCCUUCUUCCACAGAUUUUUAUGAGCUUUAUCAGGCACUUAUACAGGCUCCAGUUUAUCAUCUGGUCGUCGAAGCCCUGCUCAUCAUCUGGAUAAUCAAGUUAAUUUUUACCAAGAAAACUCCACCAAAACAAACAGCAAGCGAACUUACAGAAAAGGAGAAGGAAGAGUUGGUUGCGGAAUGGAUACCAGAGCCCCUUGUACCCGAGGUUGACCCAGACCACCCUGCCCUCCGCGCAUUCCAGGACAACACAGUGGAAGGAAAAAUUGGAAAGUUUGUGAAAAAAUCAGGUGGUAAAGAAUGCUUGAAUGCUGCCACAUUCAACUUCCUUGGCAUGGUGGGGAAGUCCUCUAUAGAGGAGGCUGCUGUCAAGUCCCUGAGGAAGUAUGGCGUUGGGUCAUGUGGUCCACGCGGGUUCUAUGGGACAGUGGAUGUCCACCUUGAACUGGAGGACCGCCUGGCAAAGUUCAUGCAGUGCGAGGAGGCCAUCUUGUAUGCUUAUGGCUUUGCCACCGUGGCUAGUGCCAUACCUGCCUAUUCUAAGAGAGGGGAUAUUAUAUUUUGUGACGAAGGUGUGAAUUUUGCCAUCCAGAAAGGGUUGUCUGCCUCCAGGUCGUCCCUCAGGUUCUUCAAACACAAUGAUAUGAACGACUUGGAGAGACUGCUGCAGGAGCAGCAGGCCAAAGAUAAACUUAAUCCUAAGAAAGCCAAAGCCACCAGAAGAUUCCUAGUAGUGGAGGGGCUGUAUACUAACUAUGGAGAUUUGUGUCCACUGCCUCAGCUGAUUGAAUUUAAAUACAAGUACAAAGUAAGGUUAUUUGUUGAAGAGAGCUUCUCAUUCGGAGUCCUUGGUGCUACAGGAAAAGGAAUCUCAGAACACUUUGGGGUCAAUAUAGAUGAUAUUGACAUGGUGUGUGCCACACUGGAGAAUGCUGUGGGCUCCAUUGGAGGGUUCUGUUGUGGAAGGUCAUUUGUUAUUGAUCAUCAGAGGCUGUCAGGUCAGGGCUAUUGCUUCUCUGCCUCUCUACCACCCAUGUUGGCUGCUGCUGCCAUUGAGGCUCUGAACCUGAUGGAACAAGAUACAGUAUGNCCUGUGUCUCCCAUACAUCACCUUCAGCUGGCCAGACCUUCAGACAACAGGAUGGAAGACGCCAGGAGACUUCAACAGAUUGUGGAUGGGGCCUAUGCAAGUGGUGUAGCUCUUACUCUGGCCAGAUAUCUGGAGUCUGAAGAGUUAGCUCUGGUACCACCAAGUAUUCGUGUAGCUGUUAGUGUAGAACUGACAGAAGAAGAAAUACAAAAUGUCGCUGGUGUCAUCAAGCAAGUGUGUGAAUCCACAUUUUGAACAGUCUAAUCCAGCUGGACAUUCAUCCUAAACUUUUAGAAUUAAAUCUAAGAUGCUUUUUCUACAUUUAUACUGUUUGAUAUGACUCUUUUUAUUUUUAUUUUUUU